AUGGCGCCCACUCCAGCUCAGUUACAGUCGGUCACGGCGAGCCAGCGUGUACACGACUUGUUAGUCAAGCUGCACGCCGAGUCCGCCGCGCAGGAAAACUCCAUCUCCCAGAUUUUCUUCUACAUAUCGCGAAUCGCCCUGUACUACCUGCAUAAGAACCCAUGGGGCCCGUCCGCCGACGACCAUAUGCGAGAUAAAUUCGUAAGCCUGGAGGAGGAUAAAUGCCAAUUCAUGUACCUGCUCGCCCGUACUACCGGAGCCAGGAACAUCAUCGAGGCGGGGACGAGCUUUGGCGUGUCGACCAUCUACCUAGCCCUCGCCGUUGGGCAAAACGUCGCGGGUGCCAAGGCGGACGGCCAAAUCACCACAGGCAAGGUGAUUGCUACAGAAAAGGAGCCCACCAAGGCUGAGAGGGCAAGGAAGCACUGGGAGCAAGCUGGAGAAGAGGUGGAGCCGUGGAUUGAGCUAAGGGUUGGUGACCUACUCGAGACGCUUAAGGUGGAGGAGGGUAUGCCGGACCAGAUCGACAUGCUCCUGCUCGAUAUUUGGACUCCCCUAGCCCUUCCUACGCUCGAGCUGGUCCGCCCUCGAUUGAGGCGCGGAGCUCUCAUCCUAGCCGACAAUACGGUCAUGGCCAAGAGUCUCUACAAGGAGUUUAUGACUUAUGUCUAUGAUACCAAGAAUGGAUUCAAAACUACCACCGUCCCUUAUUCCGGAGGGCUCAGGUGA